UUCCUUAUGAAAACCCCACUGGUGUACGCAGCAACUCAACAGACCCAGAUACUCUGAUUAUCACAUGGGAUGAAAUGGAAAACCGCUUGCAAAAUGGUCCAGACUUUCAUUACAAAGUGUACUGGCGGGAGGCUCAGGAGAAAAGGAAAGAGUGGAACGUUACCACUGUAAAGUCUCCACCUUUUCAAAUAAACAAUGCAGGAACCUACACACCCUUUGAGAUUAAAGUCCAGGCCGUGAACGCAGUUGGGACAGGACCACCACCGGAGUCUCAGAUUGGACACUCSGGAGAGGAUAAGCCAGAGGAGCCCCCCACUGGAGUUACAUGCAUUGUAACCAACAACACAGUCAGAGUUACAUGGAAUGAAGCCCAGAGGGUUCGAGGUCAGCUGUUGGGAUACAAGAUAUACAUCAGGCGGUUGGGUCCGGCGAGUGGAAGAGACAGGAGGUCUCUCAGCAAACAUCACCACAGGGAGGAAAACAACAGAAUGCAACACCAACAACUGAGAGAGAAGGACAGCUGGGUGGUGGAGGUUCUUGGCACCGGCACCUCUAAGGAGCUGAGUGGUUUACGUCUGUUCUCUCAGUAUCAACUGUGGCUCACCGCUUUCAACAAAAAAGGAGAGAGUCCUCCCUCCAAACCCCAAGAGUUCAACACYCCUGAAGGAGCUCCUGGUAAACCUGGUUCACUGAGGUUUGAAAGCCCCACAGACACUUCACUGAUCCUCUACUGGACUCCUCCACUGGAAAUCAARGGCAAACUGCUGGGAUAUAGGGUGCUGUACCAGAAAGAAGUGGAAACAGGUGACAGCCCCUUGCAGAUUGAGAUGAUCAGGGACCCACAUUUAAAUAGCAUUUUGCUYAACAAUCUGGACCGCAGCAGCUAUUACAUCUUUAAAGUCAUAGCACGAACUGCAGCUGGAUAUGGACCUCCCAUAGUAGAAAGAGGAGCCACCAUGCUUGAAGGAGAUGAUGAUCAGUGUAAAGAGUCCGAUGUGAUCAACUCCACUCAGGGUUUCUAUUUUCUGACGGGUCUCCAAUCAGGAACACAAUACCGCCUAAAGAUUGUGCAUGGAAAUGAUACUCACUGGCAAAAAGAGAUAUGGACCACAGGACCAGUACCAUCAGAGAUGCCUGGUGGAUUUGACACCCAAGGCUGGUUAAUAGGACUCAUCAGUGCUAUUAUCCUGCUCAUACUGAUCUUGCUCAUUCUCUGCCUUGUUAAACGCAGCAGGGGUGGAAAAUAUGCAGUGAAGGACAAAGAAAAUAAGGAGGUGGGUUCUGAAGUUUGGCCAAUGAAAGACGAGACCUAUGGAGAUUACAGAUCCCUGGAGAGUGAGGGAGAUGAGAAGUGCUCUGACAGCCAGCGGUCUCUGUGUGACGACAGUAAAGUGGGGAGUGACGACUCUCUGGCUGAGUAUGGAGACAGUGUGGACAUCCAGUUCAAUGAAGACGGCUCUUUCAUUGGCCAGUACAGUGGCCAUGGACCUGUUCCUCCUGGAAAUGAUGGCUCUGGUCCAGCCUCUCCAGAUUCAGUCCCUCCUCCCGUCGUCGCUCCAUCCAUGUCAAGCAUCCUCAACCGGCCGAGCUAGACACACACAAAACAACAAAACAAAAAUACGACAUUUGCACAUGCAUGCAUACAAUAAAACACUAAAGGGACAGACCACUCCUGCUUCCACUGCCUGUUACACACACACACAAACACACACACACACACACACACACACACACACACACACACACACACACACA